AUGCAGGUGAUAACGUGUGCGUUGUUUACGCUGGUGAGUCUCCCUGUCAGCACCGCGUCGGAGGCCGACUCCUGCCCUGCUGUGUGCGAGUGUUCUGAGUGGAGGACUCACACCAUCUCCUGCUUUGACAUUGGGAUUCUCCCCAGGUUUCCUGCAAGCACAGAGACACUAUGGCUUUUCGAGACCCGUCUGUCAUCGGUGCCAACAGACGCCUUUGCCAACAUGGUCAACAUCUCCAGGAUAUAUAUAUCAGUGGACGUGAUGCUGCAGAGGUUGGAGAGGCACUCGUUCUACAGCCUGAAGAAAAUCACCCACAUAGAGAUACGUAAUGCAAAAAGUCUGACCUACAUUGACCCAGAAGCCUUUCAAAAUCUCCCAAACCUCAAAUACCUGGGAAUUUUCAAUACCGGCCUUUCUUUCUUCCCUGACUUGAGCAACAUCCACUCUAAUGACAUGAACUUCAUAUUGGAAAUUGUUGAUCAUCCCUUCAUCACUGAGAUUCCAGCCAACUCAUUCCGUGGCAUCACCAGCGACGUACUGACAGUGAUGCUGUAUGGAAAUGGCUUCAGAGAAAUCCAACAUCAUGCCUUCAAUGGGACCAAGCUGGAUCAAGUAGACCUUCACAGGAAUAAGUAUCUUACCAAGAUGGAUGAAAAGGCUUUUGCGGGCACCAUCAGCGGCCCCAUGCUUCUAGACGUGUCCCUAACAGGGAUUACCUCCCUGCCAACAACAGGUGUUGAUUCUCUCCGGGAGCUGAAGGCGCGCGAUGCCUGGGCCCUCAAGAAACUGCCGCCCAUUAAAACCUUCCAGCACCUCACCAUCGCCAACCUCACCUACCCCAGCCACUGCUGCGGCUUCAAAAACCUCAAAAAGAAACGAGGCUUUUUGGAGUACCUCAUCUGUAACUUGACUGCCUUCUAUGACCAGCAUCACAAGCGCUCUGUGGGGCCCGUUGGAAUGCCUUCCCUCCAAGGGGACAAUGAGGAGGAAGCAAUUCCAGACCAGGAUCCAAAUGACGGAAGCCACAGAGAGUCACAGCAAGACUGGAGGAGAGGUGACUUCCAUGGAAGCCUCCACUACCACGCCUAUUUUGGGGGCCAGCCAGAUGAGGAUGUGGGUUUCGGAGAGACACUCAAGAACCCCCAGGAGGACACCAGCCAAGACUUUAACAGUCGUUAUGAUUAUGUGGUGUGUGAGGAAGGAGAGGAGGUGGCAUGUGCACCAGUGCCUGAUGAGUUCAAUCCUUGUGAGGACAUAAUGGGUUUUGGCUUUCUGCGUGUGUCUGUGUGGUUUGUGAGUCUUCUGGCUGUUCUGGGAAAUGUGGUGGUGCUCCUGGUGCUGCUCACCAGCCACUACAAGCUCUCGGUCUCCCGCUUCCUUAUGUGUCACCUGGCCUUUGCAGAUCUGUGCAUGGGGAUUUAUCUGCUGCUCAUCGCCUCUGUGGAUCUCCACACACGAGCCGAGUACUUCAACCACGCCAUAGACUGGCAGACAGGCCCUGGCUGUGGACUUGCAGGGUUUUUUACGGUCUUCGCAAGCGAGCUGUCUGUCUACACCUUGACGGUGAUCACUCUGGAGAGGUGGUAUGCUAUCACCUUUGCUAUGCGGUUGGAUCGAAAGCUGCGUCUGCACCAUGCUGCAGCAGUGAUGCUGGGCGGCUGGAUCUUCUGCCUCCUACUGGCCCUGCUCCCACUGGUUGGCGUGAGCAGUUACCAGAAGGUCAGCAUCUGUCUCCCGAUGGACACCCAGUCCACAUUGGCUCAGGUAUACAUCUUGUCAGUGCUGGUCCUCAACAUCCUGGCCUUUCUUGUUAUCUGUGCUUGCUACUUCAAGAUCUACUGCGCAGUGCACAACCCUCACUACCGUUCUGGAUCCAAAGAUACCAACAUUGCCAAGCGCAUGGCUGUCCUCAUCUUUACUGACUUCUUGUGUAUGGCGCCUAUAUCCUUCUACGCCAUGUCAGCCGCGCUGGACCGGCCCCUCAUCACCGUCUCCAACUCUAAGAUUUUAUUGGUGCUUUUCUACCCGCUCAAUUCCUGUGCCAACCCGUUCCUCUACGCCAUCUUCACCAAAGCCUUUAGGGGGGAUGUAUUCAUCCUCCUCAGUAAGGUGGGCCUUUGUCAGCAGCGAGCACAGCUGUUUAGAGGCCAGACGGUCUCGUCAAAGGGCAGCAGCGGGACAUCUCAGAGCCGUAAAGAUAAGGAUAAGGUUAGGAAAGUUGGAAACGGAGGCCAGGAAGAAUUGCCCAUCUACCUCAAGAAGUGCCCCGGACAAACCCACAACCAAGCAGUCUGCCAGCAGACAAGCCCUGAAGAGAGCCAGAGCCUGAACACGUGA